CGCCUUGAGCUAAGAUGGCGGCGGCCACGCGGGAGGAAGAUGCGUUCCGUCGCCUCUUUCGUUUCUAUCGGCGAUGGGAGGGGUCGGAUCCUAGCGGGGUGAUUGACUUUUCGAAGCCAGCGGGCCAGCAGGUGGUCACCUAUCCUCUGAAGUUAACCUCAAUAAGUGAUCAGGAUGCCUACAGAGCAGGAUUACAUCCAGUUACCCAAUGGAAAGCUUAUGGUCUAGAUAAUUAUCCAGGAUUCAUAUAUAUUAAUAAUCCCUUUCUUCCGGGCUCUCAGUGCCAUUGGGUGAAGCAAUGUCUAAAGAAAUAUAUCCAGAAACCUAAUGUGUGCAAUUUGGAUAUGCAUAUGUCUUCUGAAGAAAUUGCUGAUAUCUGGGGGAAGAGUAAAUUUCAGCUUCGAAACAAAAGUGCCAGUAAAUCACAGCCAAAAAGCUUAUUGGAAAAGUUGCGCUGGGUAACUCUAGGUUACCACUAUAACUGGAAUACAAAGAAAUAUUCAGCAGAUAACUAUACCCCUUUCCCAUCUGAUCUGGCUUUCCUGUCAAAGCAAGUGGCUAAAUCUUGUGGAUUUCCCAGCUUCCAAGCAGAAGCAGGGAUCCUGAAUUAUUAUCACUUUGAUUCAUCUUUAGGAAUUCAUGUGGAUGAAUCUGAACUGGACCUUUCUCCACCUCUUUUAUCAUUCAGUUUUGGACAGUCGUCCAUAUUUCUGCUGGGGGGAUUGAAACGAGAUGAAACCCCUGUGGCCCUGUUCACACAUAGUGGAGACAUUAUGAUAAUGUCUGGUUUCAGCCGCCUAUUGUAUCACGCAGUUCCCAAGAUUCUUCCCAAUCUAGAAGGAAAGCCUUUGCCUUCUUCCUUAGAGCUACCGCUCUCUGCUGACCUUCCUGCAGACUCUGUGAUUGAGCCUUGCUCCGAUGACGAUUGGCAAACGUGUGCCAGAUAUUUGGAAGCAUCCCGUAUUAAUAUGACUGUGAGACAGGUACUAGCUGAAGAUCAGAGCUUCUUGACUGAAACUAGGACAGAGAGCAAACAAAAUGCCUUCUCCACAGACUAUCAUGAAAAAUAUACAGAAACAAAAACACACAAGCCUAUUACCAACAAAUGAGCCCAUCUUUUUUUCAUCAUGACUUCAGGUGCACAAAAGCCAACACACAGCAGAAGAAAUGGGAUAUGCCACUGAAAGAAAAUUGUGAAAAUAAGUAUGUAUAUGAACUUCACAGCCAAAGUGUAUGGCUCAGG